GCUAUCUCGCCCUGCGAGAGGGCUAGACAUGAUCCGCAACGUCUUGGUCAUGAAGAGUGGUCUGGUGCUGUUCUCACGAGAGUUUGCAAACACGGUGCAACAGCCGAGACUGCUGGGCUCUCUGCUGACGGCAAUGGUGGAGUUCUCCAAGGUGGCGGCGGGGAUGCAAGUGGCCUAUGUCGAGCUAACCAGCGUGGGGGUGACGCUGGUGGGAAACGAGGCUACCAACACAUUCUGCGCUCUGUUCCACGACAGAGGAGACGGGGCGACGUUCGGGCGGCUCAUCGCAUCGGAGAUCCUCAACGCUUUCUUGGAGGCGCACGCGAAAGACAUCAAAGAGGCAUCUAGCCUCAACCUCAAGGACUUCAUGGCCUUCAAAUAUCGAAUACCCGGGAUCGUGCGAAAGUCUGUUCAACCAGUACUAGGGAAACUUGUGCACGUGAAGGGCAUCUUGAGAUGCGUGCUGGUGACGGAGACCUCGGAGACGUUUCAGACGGCGGAGAUUGACCAGCUGGGGUUGCUGGCCAACUUGCAGGCCCUUGUUGGCAUCUCCACAGACAUAAUGGCACAAGCGGGGAACGGGUGCGUGUCGAUGUCGCUGGAGAGCAGCAGCAACUCUAGAAUCUUGAUCUGGAGGAUAGACGCGUGGACGCUAGUCAUGGCCGUACACAAGGCGGCGAAUCGGAACCGAUAUCAAAAACAUAUAGACGAAGCUGUGGGAGUCCUUCAAAAAGUGUUGGACUUGACUAUUACCCUUGGCCANAUUCCGAACAUUUCACUGUGCAAAGUAGACUGCGACCGGGGGAGUGCGCAAGUGCUGCAGCACGCGCGGCAGGAGAUGACACUUUGGGGGACGCCCGGAUGGAUGGAGAGGGCGUAGGGCGGCCUGGCGGGUGGGACGCCGGCGCGCGUGGGGAAGUUAGAGCGUCGAUUCUAUUGAAAAUGAUUUCAGAAGGCAGAACGAAGCAUCAAGGAUGGAGCAUCAAGCACACCCAGGUCGAGCUCGGAUGAUGGAGGAGGAUUGAUCCUCUGUGGGGGGGCGCGUUGGGCUCUUCUUCCGCGGGCGAUGACGGUGUGGGCUGUGGUGUUGUGAUGGUGUGUUGACAACGGACGGCGGCGGUAUCGUAGUGCUCGUGAUGGAAGGGGGAGGGGGGGACUGCUGUAGCAUGAAAGUGACCGCCAGGUGGCCGCCGUUGGUGUCCCCGUUGUCAUGGAAGAAUCUACACGAUAAGGGAAGCGGAGAACGGGGGGGGGGAGCAGAAGCCCCUACCACGGAGAGAAGAAAACGUGUUGCACGCGAAGACGCGCAGCAGUCAAGCUCAGUCCACCACCGAGGAGACUGCGCCGCCGCACAGCGAGCGACAUGCGAAGGAGGUGUGGAAGCUGUGGAGGUAUAUUGUGGAGGCAGCAGUAGCGCCUCGUUCGACCCUUGCGUUUGCUCUCUCUCUCUCUCUCUCUCUCUCUCUCUCUCCGUCCCCUCCGAUUGGCCUUGCGUCGAUGCAUCUCCCCCGGGAAAUCGUUCUUAUUGGCCAAGAUGCGUGUACAUAUAGUACGCCCCGACGCACGCUGUCCCUGGUCGUCGUACAUGAGCGAGGCGGGUUGAUCUGGUAGGGCUGCGGCUGCCGUUCAGGCAAAGUGUGCCGGUUUUGUUUUGUGACGAUCGAAUUGAAUCGAUGUUGCAGUUGUGCGUGAACAUGCGGUCGCCGUCCGUGCCCGCCCGUCAUAGAAAAAACUCAAGGGAUACUGAAGUAAAUAGGCCCGUACCUCUCGUUUUCAUAGCGCACGGAACCUUGCACGGUAGGGGGUGGUCGUUGUCCCUUGGGUUGUCUUGGUUGUGGCCGUGUUGGCGUAUGCGGGUCCGGGCCACGCCCUCAUCUGUUGUUGACAUCACUUGUGCAUCAGAGGCAACCUGUUGCCUCCGCUUUGUUUGUUUCUUCGCUUGUGGCGCUAGUAUACCCCCCCCCCCCCCCCCCNCCCCCCCGCCUCCCCCUGUCUGAGGCGAGAGGCCUGUUCUUGAUGGGGAUAUUUCGCCCCUGACACCUCGCGUGUCGUUAGAGCUACGCACGCGGGAGGCAGGUUGUCUGGGACACGCGGCGUGUUGUUGGCCAGGAUGAUGGGAAUCGGUCAUCUACGCUUGACGAGAGGACGAAAAGCGUCCUGCCUUGCUGGCCCCCAAAAGGGUGUUCACUUUUUGUAGUCGCGCCAAGAAGCGAGCAGGGGGAGGGGGCGGGCGAAGCGUUCCGCCGCCGCCCCCGCUACAAGAGGAAUAUUUUUUCGAAUUUGUUUGUACCAUCUAAGAGAAGGGUUAUUAUGUAGGGGAAGAACGCAUAAGGAACAGUCUUGAAUUUGUAAACGCGCACUAAGCCUGAGUACCCAUGGAAUAAGUGGGAACAGGUAAAAGAGUGCGCCUCAUCAAUGUUGUUCUUCAAUUAUUCUUAAGAAGGGUUGUUAACCCAUCGUAUGCCGCGGGGGGGGGAGGGGGUGGGCGUACUCAUGAAUUGUAACUCUUCUUUGUUUGUUGCGAAGACGCACAUCAAGUGUUCAACCGGGGGUUAACUUGGGAAACAAAGGCAUCAGCCGUCUGUGUUAUUUUCCAGCUCCUGUUCCUCCUUCUCUUUCCGGUCGAAGGGUCUCUAUUUUACGUUGAAGUUAGUCAGGGGCGUGUGGGGUUGUGUGUACCCGUUACGUGUGCAUGUGGCUGUAGUCUAUAUGUUGCCGCGCCUCCGAAUCUUCAACCCAUACCCCCUCGAUGCCUGUAAAGCGCUCGAUGAGGGUGGGGGCGCGGCACGUGUGUGUGUGUCCUUUUUUAUCAACUUUUGUAGCGAAGUCACGACCGGGACGAUUGAGUGUGUGAGUGACGACACUGAAGAUACCGUCAGAGGAGCCCCAAGUAGUGGGGUAUUCGCCAAGGCCGUACGCGUGUCGGCGUAGGCCUGCCAUACCGUACAGGUAUCCCUACGCUGCCGAACGAGGGUUGUGUCACCCUUCAGGCACGAGGUGCUGCGUCACCCAAGCGCCUUCUUCCUCCUGCCCUGUGUGCACAGAGGGGCGCCCGCCGUGAUGUGUGACGGGGGCGUUGUUGGUAGUUGGUCGGGACGCUUCAGUCCAAAAAGGAUGCUUGCGGUCGAAGUUAAAAGGCAGGAGAUAAAUUAAGAAGCUUCGUGAGUCUGGUACCCGCGAGGGGAGCUAUAUACCACGGGACGGUAGGGUGGUGUGUUGUUGGUGGAGGGUUGGCUUGGUAGACCAUGUGCACUAUUUACUUCAUCUCUUUACUCUUACUCCGAGGAUUUGAGUUUUUUUUUUUCUUAUUUAAUAAGGAAAUGGACAACCAUUAGUUGUGUCCGAAACAACCAAUAAACGAGUGGUGUUUUUGCGUUUUGUGUGCGGA